GCAACAUAACGAGAGAUUUUUUAUAUAUAAAAAAUAAAGGAAGCACGAGUUCACCUUAAAAAUUUGAGUUUCUCUUUUCUUGACCCUGAAGUUUCGUUUUGAUCAAUUUCACCCAUUUCUUUGUUCGUCGUCUUUUCUUUCAAAAGGGUUUCAUCUUUGUAUUAUAAAAAUCCAAACUUUAUAUCUUCACAAGCAGCAAAGAUCUCUAUUUCAAUCCUCUCAUGGAAACUGCUUCUCUUUCUUUCCCUGUCCCAAACACGAGCUUCGGUGUAAACAAAUCUAUGCCUCUCGGUCUAAACCAGCUCACACCAUACCAAAUUCAUCAGAUUCAGAACCAGCUUAACCAUAGACGUAGCACAAUCUCAAACCUCUCUCCAAACCGUAUCAGAAUGAAGAACUUAACACCUUCUACCUCCAAAACCAAGAAUCUCUACAGAGGCGUAAGGCAAAGGCACUGGGGGAAAUGGGUCGCUGAGAUCCGUUUGCCCAAGAACCGGACCCGUCUCUGGCUCGGGACAUUCGAAACCGCCGAAAAAGCCGCCUUAGCUUACGACCAAGCUGCUUUUCAGCUCCGUGGAGAUAUCGCGAAGCUUAACUUCCCAAACCUCAUACACGAAGACAUGAAUCCUCUCCCUUCCUCUGUUGAUACCAAGCUUCAAGCUAUCUGCAAAAGUUUGAGAAAAACAGAGGAAAUUUGCUCUGUUUCUGAUCAAACAAAGGAGUACUCUGUUUACUCUGUUUCAGAUAAAACAGAGCUUUUCCUGCCAAAAGCAGAGCUUUUCUUGCCUAAAAGAGAGCAUUUGGAGACAAAUGAGCUCUCUAAUGAGUCACCGAGAAGCGAUGAGACCUCGUUGUUGGAUGAGUCGCAGGCGGAAUAUUCAUCGUCGGAUAAAACAUUCCUGGAUUUCUCGGAUACUGAGUUUGAAGAGAUUGGAAGUUUCGGGCUUCGGAAGUUUCCUUCGGUGGAGAUUGAUUGGGAUGCAAUUAGUAAACUGGCCAAUUCUUAAAGUCUUCUAUUUUAUAUUAAUCUUCUGUGCAACUGAAAUUUUCAACAAGUUGCAGAUGAGUUUAUUAGGUUUGAAUCUGUCCUAGUUUUCUUUGUUGGUCGUAUAGAGUUUUACUAUGUAGCUAAUCUCCAUGUUUGGUUUGGCUUGGUAAGUUUUUAAGGUCCUCGUCAUCAACAAACCGGAGAAAGUUUAUGUAUUCAAAAGCUAUGUAUUAUAUCCUCACAUCUACUUAUGAGAGUGAGAUCAAAGUUUGUAAAAUGAAGUCUUGAUUUCUUCUUUUAGUUCUCUCUUUUUUAAAACCAAAUGUAUUUCUUUUUUUUGUGUUUCUUAUUAUGCAUGCUAAUUCCUG